AUGCCCCCGAAACGAAAGAGCUCCGGUGAUGGGCAUGAUCAAGACGACAUGCGCAAGAAGCGCUUUGCUUAUCUGAAGCCCCAAGUUCGUCGGGUCUCUGAACGAACGAUCAAGUCUAAAUGGUCUACGCUCCCCGAGCCAAUGCAAGAGAAGGUUCGCGAUAUGUUUCGAGCUCUCGAGCGCCCGGUCAUAGUUCGUCAACAAAAUGAGCGAAAACGCAUUGAAGCGCAGGCGGCAGUUCAGGCCGUAGUGAAGAACCUCGGAAAGCGCUUACCUAGAAUGCCAUUUCCACCUGUAACAAAGGAUUCGGUUUUCGAGUACGAGGCUGCACUUAAAGAACACUCUUCCCUGGAGGCGAGCUUGGCUACCGUCACUGACAGCACUGAUCUCUUGAAAGCCGAAAUCGAAAAAGAGGAGGCAUUACUUGCGAAGGAAACGAAGCAAUUGCAGGAAAUGGAGAAGAAUGCUAAGCGGGCAGAAGCAGAACGGAAGAGGCAGCUGAAAAAUGAACACCCCGUACUUCGACAGCUCAGCGUUCCUGGUCAGCAGAGUCAAGAUCAUACUCAGUUCAUACUCGCAGGCGAAAACGAUUUUCAAACUACGUUUGAUGAGCUCGAAACCGAUCCUGGGGUAGUGGACUUGUUAAAGCAGCUGAAUGGGCAUCUCAAAUCCAUGCAGAGUAAUACAGCUCCUCUGGCAGGCCUAAGUGAGGCGAUUACACGGUCUCAGACCGCCUUGAGCCUGACUUGCCGGCCCGAAGAGUGA